UCCUAACUCAAGAAAUGUAAACACAUUUCGGAAUUCAGAAAUUUUAUAAAACAUGAGCAACAUUGUGCAGUACAUCGUAGUCCGCAGCGACUUGCGUUCCGCCCUCAGUUGGCCCUUGGGGGCGGUGAUCGCCCAGAGUUGUCAUGCCACAGCCGCCGUUAUUCACUUGAAUUCCGAGGACGCCGACACUGUGGCGUACUUGAAGGACCUCGAUAAUAUGCACAAGGUGGUGCUGGAGGCCAAAGACGAGACUUCUCUGGUCAAGCUCAGCGAAAAACUGAAGGAGAACGAGAUUAAACACAAGUUGUGGAUCGAACAACCCGAAAAUAUCCCAACCUGCAUCGCCCUGAAACCUUAUGUUAAGGACACGGUUCAUAAAUAUGUUAAGCACUUAAAGCUUUUGAAGGAGUAAUACAUCUUAAAGGAGGUCUUCCUUAGCUAUAACUAUUUCUGCCUAUUGACACUAAAUAUGUAAGACAAAUAGGAAUAGUUUUUGACAACUAUAGAGAAGCUAAUACUUAUCAUAGUUGACCGCUAAAAGCCUACCAAUAUUAAAAAGGAGUGUUACAUCUCAGAUCUGAUCAGUUUGUCACAUAUAUAACAGAGUUUGCAAAGUUUGUCGAUUACAAAUCAAGCAUUUCGGUUUAUAUUUUAUAAAAAAUAAACAGAAAAGCCAA